AUGUCGUCUAAGAGGAGAACGUUCCACGUGGAUUGGGAUUCUCCCAGUCACGAGACAGGCACCGUGAAAAGAAGGCCCACGUCACUGAACACGCCAGUUUCUAUAUCGAGCAAUACCUUCGAGAACGUAGAGUAUUACGAAGUAAAAGAUUGUGCCGGUGGUUACGGGCUGAAGCUUCUGAAAUCGUUCGAUAGCCGAUUGCUGGGAUAUGAGAACGUCGUCCCGGAAUUCCUCGCGAGUAAGCGCAGAUCAAACGAGAUGGAAGAUCCCGCCAUUAAAGAUAAUGGAAACGGUUUAGAGCACCCUCGCUCUUGCGCGACCCCCCGUGAAGAGGAUAUACGCGGAAAGAGCGAGGACGCUAAAAAAUUUAAAGAUCUGUCGUCUAGCGUAGGUUCUCUCAACGAGGAACGAAAUUUAGCUGGCAGCUCGGACGAGAAAGUAUUUCUCACCUUCUGUAAUUCAAUUGCAAAGCACUCGGACGAAGGCACGGAAAAAGUCGAACGCGAGUUUCACGAAUCUCACAAAGAAGACAGCACUGGCAAAACUGAGACAACCAGACUGAAGAAUUCGACUAAUUUAUCAUUCGAAUUGACGACAAACGACGAUAAAUUCCGCUGGAUGGAUAGCUUAAAAUUUAAUGCGAGGAAAGAUUUCGGCCUGAGAUUGUAUCGAGAAUCCUUCGAAUGGAGAUCAAAGGCAUCGAGAGUUAUGAGAGUUGCCGGUGCUACGAGGAAGUUGGACACGACGAAGGGGAAAAGUUUGAUUCCAAAACCAAAGGCGAAGAAGUACGCCUCGAACGGGCGGGGUCUCGUGAAUUCUAGUUCGGAGAGUUCAGGCAUCGGUUCGCCCCUGUCUCCUCUAUCGCCGUUGAAGGAUACGUCGACGAACGUGAAGGACGUAUCGGCAGGUUCGAUCAAGAACAGCGGCAGCAAAAGUUCCGGAUUCGGAUCGCCGGAUUCACCGUUGUCUCCGGAGAGUCAGAAGUACACUGCGUUCUACUUAAUCGAGGUGCAGUUGGAAAAGUUGCGGAACUGUACCUGCGAGAAACGACAAGCUCAGUUUAGUCAGUUCAAUCAUACAUACCACGAAAUGAGAAUCUACGAAUGUUUAGUCGGUUCUGACAUCACGAAAAAUUGGGAAGGUCUAGUAGUACUUGCAUAG